AUGGCACGCUGCAUGGCGACGGUGAAGGUAAAGUGGGGCAAGGAGCUCCUUGAGCUCACGGUCAGCCUGCAGAGCACACUGGGGGAAUUCAAGGCGGAGCUACAGCGGCGGACGCAUGUCCCUGUGGAGCGGCAAAAGAUUAUGGGCAUCAAGGCGAGCACAUCUAACAAUAACGCUACGCUCUCCGACCUCGGUGUGAGUAACGGGAAAAUGCUGAUGCUUCUCGGAACCCCGGCGGAGCCCCCGAAAGCCACGGAGCCCCCUCCACCCGUGGCAGAGGCCACCACCACAGCAGACAAGGUCCCCCACCCCAUAGUGACGAUGCCAACAGGGUUGAAAAACAUUGCCAAUACGUGUUACAUGAAUGCGGCGCUGCAAAUGCUGCGUCUCGUGCCCGAACUGCCAGAGUUGCUUGGGCCACGCGGAAACGACACGCUGCUUCGCUCACUCGACCAGCUGUACAAGUCGAUGGGCACCAAUAAAGACCCCAUCGUGCCGCUGCUCUUUUGGAACGCCCUUAUCGCGCAAAACCCAACGUUUGGGGAACUUGACGAACGGGGCCACCCGAUGCAGCACGACUCGCAGGAGGUUCUGAGCACAAUUAUUCAACGCAUCAACGAUGGAAUUCCCGACACACACAAACGUCUCUUUGGCGGGAUGAUGCGGCAGACGACGGCGUGCAAGGAAACCCCGGACGAUGCACCUACCGUGCGUGACCUGUCAUUCUUUAUGUUGUCUUGCAACAUUAACGCAGAGGUGCAAAUGUUAGAGACGGGGCUGGAUGCCGCCUUUAAUGAGACGAUCCCCAUUCAUUCCGAGACGUUGGCACGCGAAGCUCUUUACUCGCGCACAAGCCGGCUCAGCAGUUUGCCGGAGUACCUCUUUGUGCAUCUCGUGCGCUUUUCGUGGCGCUCAGACACUCAAAAGAAGGCCAAGAUCCUGAAGCCCAUUUCAUUUCCGCUUGUGCUGGAUUUCUAUACGUUCUGCACAGAGGAGCUAAAGGAAAGCAUGCAUGCAGGACGAGACAGGGUGUUGGCGCGCCGCGACAAGGAGCGUGAGCGGCGCCGUGAUGCCCGGCAAAAGUCCCGCCUUGAGGAGGCCCCAAAACCAGAGGAGGUCUCAACACCGGUGGCAGCUGACGAGGAUGCCAUUGGCAACGCCAGCGGUUACUAUGAACUCUGUGGGGUGAUCUCGCACAAGGGCCGAAGCGCUGACGGUGGCCACUACGUCUUUUGGGGCAAACCCAGGAACCAGUGGCUGGUCUACGACGAUGAAAACGUUGCUUUCGUCACCGAGGAAGACGUCAAGCGUUUGAGUGGUGUUGGGGAGGGACACAUUGCGUAUGUCCUCAUGUACCGCUCCAAGGACCCUCAGACAAAGGCCCCAACGCUUCCACUGUGA